AUGUCUUGGGAGCAGAAUGGAUGUAAGAGGAAGGCCCGCGGAAGUAAGGAGCUAUUGGUGAUCGAUAAUACUAUCACUAAACAGGCAAAGAAGAAGCUAAAGAACAUCACAAUUGCUUGGAUCGAUUACCACAAGGCGUUCGAUUCUGUUCCGCACUCGUGGCUUCUUGAAAUACUCAAGAUUUACAAGGUCAACCCUAAGGUGAUACAUCUCCUGAAGUGCCUAAUGUCAACAUGGCGCACAUCGCUGACAUGGAGCAAUAAAUCAGUAUCCUAUAGAACCUCAGAAAUAAACAUCAAAAGAGGCAUAUUUCAGGGGGAUGGCCUAAGCCCGCCGUGGUUCUGCCUCGCACUGAACCCCCUUAGUAGUAUGCUUAACAGAUCUGCAUACAGUUACUCGAUGGACGCAAGGAACAGAAUCAGUCACUUAUUUUACAUGGACGACCUCAAAUUAUUCACCAGAGGUAGGAAACAGCUGGAGGGGCAGUUAGAACUGGUUAGAAAGUUUAGCGAGGAUAUAGGGAUGACAUUAGGACUAGAAAAGUGUGGCGUGGUCGAUGUGAAACGCGGUAAACUGGCUGAGGAAGAAAAUGUAACGCUUUCCGAUGGACGGACAAUAUCAACACUAGGAAAAGAAGACAGAUACAAAUACCUGGGCGUUCAGCAAACGUUUGAAAUAAGGCAGCCAGAAAACAAGAAAGAAACUGAGACCGAGCUAACGAACAGAGUAACCCGAAUAAUGAAUACACAGCUAUCGGCCAAAAACAAGAUAGAAGCCAUCAACAUCUGGGCGAUCCCAGUAUUUACGUACACAGCUGGCGUAAUCACCUGGUCUAAAACAGACCUAGAAAGACUCGACCGGAAGAUCCGAGCUAUCCUGACACGGAACGGAAUGUUGCACCCGAACUCAGCAAUAGAAAGACUGUACUUACCUCGUAAAGAAGGAGGCCGGGGCCUGGGCAGCCUGGAGGACAUCUACCUGAAAGAAGAGAAAAAAAUGAGAGAGUACUUCAGGAACGGAUACUCACCUAUCCAGCAGUGGGUGGCAGCACAACGUUUCCCAUCCACGCCUCUGGAGGAAGCAGGCACUCAAGAACCUGCUACAGAGGAGCCAUCUGAGAGGAGGAAGCAAAGCUGGCAGGCAAAACCUCUGCACGGAAGGUUCUACGCCAGCUUGCACCAGUCUGAAGUGGACACGCUGAACUCUAACACCUACCUGUCUCAAGGAUACCUAUUCCCCCAAACGGAGGGUACACUCUUGGCAAUACAAGACCAGGUUGUGCCAACACGGGUCUACACUAAGCUAAUAAUGAAGCAGCCAGUGGAAUCUACAAAAUGUAGACUCUGCGACAAAGCCGAGGAGACGGUCCAGCAUUUGUCCUCGGGCUGCUCAACAAUAGCUGGCACAAAAUAUCUAUCCCGCCAUGACAACAUGGGGAAGGUUGUGCAUCAGCUGAUGUGCUUGGAGGAAGGCCUUUUACACCACUUUGUGCCACACCAUAUAUACGCCCCUCAAACGGUUUUAGAGAACGACACCACAAAAAUAUACUGGGACAUGACCAUAAUCACGGAUCAAGGCGCCGAGCACAACAGACCGGACAUGGUGGUAUGGUCCAAGAAGAACAGAACAGCCAUAAUCAUAGACUUCUCAGUCCCACUCGACCAAAACCUAUCUAAGACCUACAGGGAAAAUAUAACAAAAUAUGAGCCGCUGGCAAGACAAAUGAAGAGCAUGUGGCACUUAGAUAAAGUCGAGAUAAAACCCUUAGUCAUCAGCAGCAAUGAGUUGGUCCACCGAAAGACGACAGAGCACCUCCUAGAAAUGAAACUGCCCUCGAACACAAUUCUAUGGAUGCAGAAGGCGGUUAUACUGGGGACGGUCGGCAUCAUACGCCAGGCAAUCUUCCCUCACUGA